CAUUCUCAAGAAAGGAAGAGCAGCUCAACCUCACCUCCACACUAUUCUGCUGCCUGCUAUUUUAAUCCAAGCCGCGUCGGAUUAUUUUUUUAUACCGCAGUGGCACAUUGUACAGAAGAGCCAGAGGAAACAUUAUUUAUCUUUUUUUAACCUUUUUUCUCUUUGGUAAACCUUUCAUCUAAGUGUAGAGGACCGUGUGCUUGUGACAGAGAGACAAAAGUGUGAGUGAGUUCAAGUGAGUGUGCAUGUGUGUGCAUGUGUGUGUGAGACAGAAAUAAGAGGAGCAGGAUGAUUGCAGCCCAGUUACUGGCUUAUUACUUCACUGAACUCAAGGAUGACCAGGUCAAGAGGAUCGAUAAGUACCUCUACUCCAUGCGCUUCUCUGAUGAGACGUUGCUGGACAUCUCGCACCGGUUCCGGAUGGAGUUGGCCCAAGGACUGGGCCGGGACACUAACCCCACCGCUGCCCUGAAGAUGCUGCCGACGUUUGUGAGAUCAAUCCCAGAUGGCACAGAGAAAGGUGACUUCAUCGCGUUGGACCUGGGUGGCAGUAACUUCAGAAUCCUCCGCGUCAAAGUGAGCCACGAAAAGAGACAAACCGUUCAGAUGGAGAGCGAAAUCUACGAUACUCCAGAGGACAUCAUUCACGGCACUGGGACAAGACUGUUUGACCACGUGGCAGAAUGUCUCGGAGACUUCAUGGAAAAACACAACAUCAAAGACAAGAAACUCCCUGUUGGUUUCACCUUCUCCUUCCCGUGCCAGCAGACCAAACUGGACGAGAGCUAUCUCAUCACAUGGACAAAACGUUUCAAGGCCAGUGGAGUGGAGGGGAUGGAUGUCGUCGACAUGCUCAACAAAGCCAUUAAGAAACGAGGGGACUAUGAUGCCGACAUCAUGGCUGUAGUGAAUGACACGGUUGGAACGAUGAUGACGUGUGGUUUUGACGAUCACCGCUGCGAGGUCGGCAUCAUCAUCGGCACAGGCACCAACGCGUGCUACAUGGAGGAGCUGCGUCACAUUGACCAGGUGGAGGGAGACGAGGGCAGGAUGUGUGUGAACACCGAGUGGGGGGCGUUCGGAGAUGACGGCAGGCUGGAGGACGUCAGGACGGAGUUUGACCGAGAGAUAGACCGAGGCUCGCUCAACCCCGGCAAACAGCUUUUUGAGAAGAUGGUCAGUGGUAUGUACAUGGGGGAGCUGGUUCGUCUCAUUCUGGUGAAAAUGGCCAGAGAGGGUAUGCUGUUUGAGGGCAGGAUCACACCUGAGCUGCUCACGAAAGGGAAGUUUGACACCAAGCAUAUCUCGGCCAUCGAGAAGAGCAAGGAAGGACUGACCAGAGCCAAAGAGAUUUUAAUCAAACUUGGAGUGGAGCCCUCUGAUGAAGACUGUGUGGCUGUGCAGCAUGUUUGUGCCAUUGUGUCUUUCCGCUCUGCAAACCUAAUCGCUUCCACACUGUCUGCAAUCCUAAUGAGGCUCAAGGAGAACAAAGGUGUGUCACGUCUGCGGACCACUGUCGGCAUCGAUGGGUCUCUCUACAAAAUGCAUCCACAGUACGCCCGCCGUCUUCAUAGGACAGUGCGCCGUUUGGUCCCGGACUGUGAUGUUCGAUUCCUGCUGUCAGAGAGUGGCAGUGGGAAGGGAGCUGCCAUGGUGACGGCUGUAGCCUACAGACUCGCCGACCAGUCGCGACAAAUCCACGAAAUGCUGUCUGAAUUCCACCUGAACACUGACCAGCUACUGGAGGUAAAGAAUCGAAUGAGGAUCGAGAUCCAAAAUGGACUCUCAAAGAGCACUCAGGACUCCGCUACUGUCAAAAUGCUGCCAACCUUUGUCCGAAGCACUCCUGAUGGCACAGAGUACGGUGAUUUCUUGGCUCUGGAUUUAGGAGGAACCAACUUCAGAGUUCUGUUGGUCAAGAUUCGUUCUGGAAAGAAGAGAUCGGUGGAGAUGCACAACAAGAUUUACGCCAUUCCUCUGGAAGUGAUGCAGGGAACGGGAGAGGAGUUGUUUGAUCACAUUGUUCACUGCAUCAGUGACUUCCUGGACUACAUGGGCAUGAAGAACACCCGACUUCCUCUGGGCUUCACUUUCUCAUUUCCCUGUCGACAGACCAGCCUGGACGCUGGAAUCCUGGUGACGUGGACCAAAGGCUUCAAGGCCACGGACUGUGAAGGAGAGGAUGUGGUGGGACUGUUGAGGGAUGCCAUUAAGAGGAGAGAGGAAUUUGACCUGGAUGUUGUCGCCGUAGUCAAUGACACGGUAGGAACGAUGAUGACCUGUGCCUAUGAAGAACCCACCUGUGAGAUCGGACUCAUUGCUGGCACCGGCAGUAAUGCGUGUUACAUGGAGGAGAUGAGGAACAUUGAAACAAUAGAGGGCGACAGCGGACGCAUGUGUGUCAACAUGGAGUGGGGGGCGUUCGGAGACAACGGAUGCCUCGACGACAUUAGGACAGAGUACGACCGCAAUGUGGAUGACUUCUCACUCAAUCCAGGCAAACAGAGAUAUGAGAAAAUGUGCAGCGGCAUGUACCUCGGUGAAAUCGUGCGAAACAUCCUCAUCGACAUGACCAGGAAAGGAUUCCUGUUCAGAGGACAGAUCUCUGAAACUCUGAAAACCAGAAGCAUCUUUGAAACAAAGUUCCUUUCCCAGAUAGAGAGUGACAGACUGGCGUUGCUGCAGGUCAGAUCCAUCCUGCAACACUUAGGACUGAACAGCACCUGUGACGACAGUAUCAUCGUCAAAGAGGUGUGUGGAGCAGUGUCACGUCGUGCAGCUCAGCUCUGUGGCGCGGGAAUGGCAGCCGUGGCCGAUAAGAUCAGAGAGAACCGAGGACUGGACCAUCUCAACAUCACCGUAGGGGUGGACGGGACACUUUACAAGCUACAUCCACAUUUCUCCCGGAUCAUGCACCAGACAGUUAAAGAACUGGCGCCUCAGUGUAACGUCAACUUCCUGCUGUCGGAGGAUGGCAGUGGGAAAGGAGCGGCACUCAUCACAGCUGUCGGCUGCAGAAUGAGACAGGAGCUGAACAAUAAAUAGACCCUAACAAAUUAAAUCCCCCUCAUAAUCUCUGUUCUCUCCCCUCAUCUCUGUUCUAUACCUUCACUCUUCUCUCCUUUCUUUCCCUCCCCAAUCAAACCUGUCUGGUCGAAGUGUCACGCAGUAGGAGCUGCUUUACUCCGUCUACGUGACUCCUGCGAGAAGGCGAAAGCUCCCCCCCCCCGCUGUUUAAGGCAGCAGAAACCCAUGCACUAUGUUGUAGUUAGAUUACACAGAUUCAUUCAUUCAUUUGGGGUUUUUUUCUGAGAUUAAAGUUGUAUAGAUAAAACACACACACACAUUCAACCCUGAAAAAUAAGUGCAGGGCAGAACAAAAAGAGUUGCACACACACUCUUGACAUGCUCCAUCUAGAGGACUCCUGUGAUAACGUCUGAUAACGUCUGUUGCAACACAGCAAAGGCAACAGACAUUUCAACAAAACUGCAGUAAAAAAGAAAAGUUUGUCCUUGCAUCAUGUUCAUGUUGAAGAACAAUGGAAACUCUGCUGUAGGUCAUUCACAUACUGUAAACCAUGUAACGAGCUAUUAGGGAAUAUUUUUCGGCUUUAAAUUUGCUAUUUAUUUUAUUUUUAUAUUGAGAUACUGUUUUAGAGAUGUUACUAUUGCAAUAGUGGUGCGCACACAGAGGAAGCCAUUGUCUAAAACACAGCCCUCAGACGGUACCUGCUCCUGUAACAUGAGGGCAGUCACAUGACUAAAGAGGGAAGCCGUGUCUGCUGAAUGUGCACAUUUAUAGUUAAAAGUAGUGAUUCUGUUCCUCUCUAAUGUACUGAAACAUUACUGAGUAGAAAAUCCUGUUGUUGAUACCAACUACAGCUGCUCACACUGUAACAACGCUGACCAUUUACUUCGCAACAACCAUGAGACACAAACACAGAUAUUAGAGGAACAAGAAUGGCCAAAGUGUUAUAUGAGAAAUGUAAAACACAGCAGCUACAACACUUUAAAGAAAAGGGAAUUCUGGAGAUGAAGCACCUUCCUGCACUCAGUGAAACACUCGGUGUCUCAUUCCUGAAGCACAAAUCCACAAAACACGUUGGUGCUUAAAUCUUUGUCGCGUCUGUUCACAACACGCCGGGACUAUCUCUGUCCAACAGUCGAUCGGUCACUAAAUAAAAUCAAACCUGUGUCAAA